ACAGACAGACAGGUGUCUUCUUCACAGCGAAUCAUGUCCUCAUCAAGAAACUCCUCAAACUUCAACCACACCAACAGGUUCGCGCAGCCUCCGUGGCGCGUGGCGCUCUGGUCGCUCGCGUUCGCGCUGGUUCUGCUGGUGGCCGUGACCGGGAACCUGAUCGUCAUCUGGAUCAUCGUGGCGCACAAGAGGAUGAGGACCGUCACCAACUACUUUCUGCUCAAUCUCGCGGUGUCUGACGUGUGCGUGGCCGCGCUCAACGCGCUGGUGAACUUCGUGUACGGAGCGCACGGGGACUGGUACUUCAGCAGCGCGUACUGCCGCUUCCAGAACUUCUACCCGGUGACCGCCGUGUUCACCAGCAUCUACUCGAUGAGCGCCAUCGCCUUAGACAGGUACAUGGCGAUCAUCCACCCGAUGAAGCCACGCCUCUCAGCAACAGCCACGAAAGGCGUGAUCGCAUGCGUGUGGAUUCUGGCUGCGUUUCUGGCGUUUCCACUCUGCUUCUAUUCCAUAACCGAAGUGAGGCCGCACAGGACGGUGUGCUACGUGGCCUGGCCGCGGCGCGACGACGACGCCUUCAUAUAUCACGUGAUCGUGGCGGUGCUGGUGUAUCUCCUGCCUCUGGUGCUCAUGGCUGCCACCUACAGCAGGGUCGGACUCACGCUGUGGGGCGGAGGAUUUCCAGGACGCUCCUCAGAAAACCUCCAGGGUCACCUGCAGGCCAAGAGAAAGGUUGUGAAGAUGAUGGUGAUCGUGGUGGUAGCAUUUGCCAUCUGUUGGCUUCCAUAUCAUGUGUAUUUCAUCGUAACGAGCUUCAACCGGAAGCUGAAGAGGAUCAAGUCGAUCCAGCAGGUGUAUCUGUCAGUGCUGUGGCUCUCCAUGAGCUCCUCCAUGUACAACCCCAUCAUCUACUGCUGCCUCAACAGCAGGUUCCGCGCAGGCUUCAAGCGGGUGUUUCGCUGGUGUCCCUUCAUUCACGUGUCGGACAGUGACGAGCUGGAGCUCCAGAGCACCCGUUUCCAGCAGAACCGCCAGAGCAGCCUGUACACGGUCACGCGUGUGGAGUCCUGCCCCGACGCUCACACUAACCCCAGCAGACGCAAGAACUCCAGCACAAGCCGCCGCAGCAGCCUCAUGGGCCAAUCACGGCCCUCCGCACGGCCCUCGCUCAACGGGGGUCUCCACGGCAACCCCGCGAGCACCAGCGAUCAGGAGCUCAGCUGAGAGCCGCCGCAGAACACUGGGUUGAGAGCCGACGGCGGCGCAGAAACUACAGGACAGCUUCACCUUCACCAGCUAUGUGUACUUCAGCUCAUAUAUAAAAUAACCCGGCACACAUAUGAAACUGAACACUUGGAGGACACACACCGCCCCGCCUGCUGAUGUUAG